UUCUUCUUUUUUUUUUUUUUUUCUUUUGCGGCCAGGGAAAAACGGCAACGCUUGUUCUGUUGCAGUGGCUGCUGCUUGAUGCUACUGCUAUUCUGAAUGGCUUUUGCUGCUAGAGUGCAUAACCAUACUAAAUCCAUGAAAAAGUCAACUAACAAAAUUGUGCAAAUUGGUGCAAAGUUUUGUAGGUCUACGGUCUACUGAGGUCUACUGAACUUACUAAUUUGUGAAAAUUUGUACAAUUUCUUACACCGUUUUUCACGGGUAUAUGGUAUGCCUUGUACUGUUGUUGUUGCUGUUGUUGUUGCUGUUGUUGUCGCUGUUGCUGUUGUCGUUGCUGCUCUCAAAAAGUCUAAUUCACAAUUUUCUUUAAGAUAAAUACUUGUGCGCUUCAGCUGUUAUACUUACUGUUGCUACUGCUGUUGUUGUUGCUAAUGCUGUUGUUGUUGCUGCUCUCUCUCUCACUCUUCCAAUUCAUAGAUUUUUGUAAUAAAUACUCGUACGUUUAGUUUAAAGACAAUUACGAAACAAGACGAUGUAUCUUCACCCAUGCAUGGCGAACAGUACUGAUCGUAAUACGGCGUUUUUAAAUGAAACCUGCUCGAACUUCACCAUCCCGGGGAUAGACUACAUGAUGAAAUCUGUGAAAGAUACUAUGAGAAUCACAUCCAUGAUAUCUUAUAGUAUAAUUGCCUUGUCGGUCCUCGGAAACUCUACUAUCAUCGGUAUAGUUCUCAGAAACAAGUCUAUGCGAACUAAAGCAAAUGUUCUGAUCGUAAACAUGGCUGUAUCAGAUCUAUUGGCUACUUUUUUCGCACUUCCUCGAAGCCUCUACGUUGCCAUCACCAAAAGCCCAGAAUGGGAGUCCACAAGUGCCCUUGCUGAAGCGUCUUGCAAGCUUGUUCCCUUCGCGAGAGAAGUGUCUUGCGCUGUGUCUAUAUUCAGCAUUGUCGCAAUCGCUUUGGAUCGUUUCUACGCUAUCGUUAUCCCUUUGGCACAGAAGCCUAGACUUCUUAAACACAAGUUCGUUAUUCCGGGGAUUUGGGUUGCGGCAAUAGCGGCAAACGCGUUAUACUUGUACGCAUUUCAGGUUAAAUUCUUACAACAUACAGCAAUAACAGUAUGCUUUGAACUUCUAUCUAACCAACAAAGACGAAUUUUCGAUACGUUUAGGUUUGUGUCGUUCAUAGCAGUUCCCCUUAUUGCCAUAAUCUGUUUGUACAGCGCCGUUGUAUUAACUAUGGCGCGAAGGCCAGCCCUUGCUUCGACUACACGCCGCCGACGCCAGAACCAAAAAAUCGUCCAACUCGCGGUAACAAUUACGGUUGUUUUUUUCAUCUCGUGGGUACCUUACUAUAUUUCUCUCCUUCUAUUUGUAUUCGAUAAAUUGAAUCCUUAUUUCCUUUCACCGUAUUCAGCUCUAAUUUUGAUUGUUUUGGAAAAAGCUUUCGAAAUUUUGACAUAUGCUGGUUUCGCAAUAAACCCGAUAAUUUGCUUAAUCUUCAGCAGCAACUUCCGAAAACACAUUUAUUUUGUAUAAGUGUCGUCCAAAUGUCAACAAUUACUCAAAAGAACAAAUAAUAAACAAACUGCGGGAUAAUAACCGCAGGCAUCUGGGUAUUUGGCUUCUUUUUUAACAGCUUUAUUGGCCUUCAAAUUUCUCAAUGAAUAAAGUAAUUAACAAACAUACUAAAGAAAAAUAAUAAUAAUACAAGAAAGUAGGACCAAGAGGGUGGGUGCGAAACGGGACCUAGAGUCCCAUAAGAGGCACUAUACUAUAUGUAGUGUUUAAUAAACGAGCAGGAGUGUUUUAUCGGGUUUAAAACCACGAGGCGUAGCCUUUCAGUUGACGCGACACAAAAAUAAGAUUUCAAAUACACCGUUAAAUAAAAGCCUAAAUGUUUGAACCGACUACAUGUGCUAAAUUCAAAAAUAUCCGAGCGUUUUGAUUUUGAUGCGAUACGUGGGAGUUAAACGUAAACAAAAUGCACUCGCAAUUAUUUUGGUGUCAGCUUAAAUGUACUGAAAAUGCAGUCAGGAGUCAUGAUUAUGAAUAUUAUAUUUUGGCUUUUUUUCGCCGACUUGUGUCUACAUAGCGCCCUUCAUCAGUAUAACGAUGUUUACACGCGCGCAAAUGAUUUUUAAAUGUUUCCAAUUACGUAAUUGUAUUACAUACAAUUGUAUUGUAUACACAAAUGUAUAUUUUAAAAAAAUGUAAGUGAUUAGAAAAAGUAUAUCGACAAAAAUAUGAAUUCAUAUAUUAAUGUGUAACUAGUCUUUGCUUAUUACAAGUUAUAAAAUGAAUAAAG